AUGCUUAAUGCUGACGUAACAGAAGCAGAUAACUUUGGAAACGGCAAAGAAAAUAAUAAUUUUGAAUACGAACACUUCCCUCGCAAUACUGAAGAAAAUAAUGAUAAGCCUAACAAGAUGUCGCUACUAUGGAAUACUAAGGACGCAUACAAUCACGUAAAAUUCAAUCCUGAGGCACCAACCCAAGAAGAUCUUAUACCACAGAAAAGUAUCAUUGAGAAUGACGAACUAAGUAAUGAUAUAAGGAAUUGGUGGUUUUUCCAUCAGGAAGACUUCGAAUCAUUUGAAUAUGAAAAAGAUCGAUAA